GCAUCCGGUCUGGCGGCGCGGCCGGGACCGGUUCGGGCGUCCCGGGUCGGGAGUCCCUGAGCGGGCCGGGGGUCCCGGCGGUGCCCGGGUAAGGCGUUCUUGAACGGGCCGAAGAUCUCUGACCGGGCCGGGGGUCCCGGCGGCGCCACGAUGUCGAUGUCGCACCUGUACGGCACGGACGGGGACGAUGGCGUGGAGAUGGAGAGCUUCGAGGUGUCGGACUGGGACCUGCAGAACGAAUUCAACCCGCACCGGCAGCGGCACCGCCAGACCAAGGAGGAGGCCACCUACGGCGUGUGGGCCGAGCGCGACUCGGACGAGGAGCGGCCCAGCUUCGGCGGGAAGCGCUCCAGGGAUUACUCGGCCCCCGUGAGCUUUGUCAGUGCUGGGCUGAGGAAGGCGGCGGCCGAGGAGCUCUCCGAUGAGGACUCGGAUGACGAUGAGAAGCCUGUGAAGCAGGAGGAGAUUCCCAAGGAGUUUGUGCCCAAGAAGUUAAAAACUGGUGGAAAUUUCAAGCCCAGCCAGAAAGGCUUCGUAGGGGGCUCCAAGUCCUUUGUGGAUUUUGGCAGCUGGGAGAGACACACUAAAGGAAUUGGGCAGAAGCUUCUCCAGAAGAUGGGAUAUGUCCCUGGAAGGGGUCUGGGGAAGAAUGCUCAAGGAAUCAUCAAUCCCAUCGAGGCCAAGCAGAGGAAAGGCAAAGGUGCUGUGGGCGCUUACGGCUCCGAGAGGACCCCGCAGUCCUUGCAGGACUUCCCUGUGGUGGACUCAGAAGAGGAAACUGAGGAGGAAUUUCAGAAGGAGCUCAGCCAGUGGCGGAAGGACCCGAACGGAGGCAAGAAAAAGCCCAAGUACAGCUACAAGACAGUGGAAGAGCUGAAAGCCAAGGGCAGGAUCAGCAAACAGCUUGCAGCCCCUCAGAAGGAGCUGUCCCAGGUCAAGGUGAUUGACAUGACGGGCCGGGAGCAGAAGGUUUAUUACAGCUACAGCCAGAUCAGCCACAAGCACAACAUCCCGGACGACAGCCCCCAGCAGCCCCUGGGCAAGGACUCCAAGCCCCAGGGCUUUGCCCUGCCCGAGCUGGAGCACAACCUGCAGCUGCUCAUCGACAUCACGGAGCAGGAGAUCAUCCAGAGCGACCGGCAGCUGCAGUACGAGAGGGACAUGGUGGUCAACCUGAGCCACGAGAUCCAGAAGAUGGCUGAGGUGCUCUCCCACGAGGAGAAGGCCAUCAGCAACCUCAGCAAGGUGCUGGACAUGGUGGAGGAGUGCGAGAGGAGGAUGCAGCCGGGCUGUGAGAACCCUCUGACCCUGGAUGAGUGUGCAAAGAUCUUUGAGACCCUGCAGGACAAGUACUACGAGGAGUACAGGAUGUCGGACAGGGUGGACCUGGCAGUGGCCAUAGUUUAUCCUCUCAUGAAGGAAUACUUCAAGAACUGGGAUCCCCUCAAGGACUGUACAUAUGGCACGGAGAUCAUAGCCAAGUGGAAAAGCCUCCUGGAAAACGAUCAGCUGUUAUCCCACAGUGGGCAGGACCUGUCAACAGAUGCUUUUCACAGACUGAUGUGGGAGAUCUGGAUGCCAUACGUCAGAAACAUCGUGGCGCGGUGGCAGCCGAGGAACUGUGGAUCCAUGGUGGAUUUCUUGGAUAGCUGGGUGAACGUUGUUCCUGUGUGGAUACUGGAUAACAUUCUGGAUCAGCUCAUCUUCCCCAAGCUGCAGAAGGAGGUGGAGAGCUGGAACCCUCUGACGGACACGGUGCCGAUCCACUCGUGGAUCCACCCCUGGCUGCCGCUGAUGCAGGCGCGGCUGGAGCCGCUGUACUCGCCCAUCCGCAACAAGCUGGCCAACGCCCUGCAGAAGUGGCACCCCAGCGACUCCUCUGCCAAGCUCAUCCUUCAGCCCUGGAAGGAUGUGUUCACUCCUGGCUCGUGGGAGGCUUUCAUGGUCAAGAACAUCGUGCCUAAACUCGGAAUGUGUCUGAAUGAGCUCAUCAUCAACCCUCACCAGCAGCACAUGGAUGCCUUUUACUGGGUGAUCGACUGGGAGGGGAUGAUUUCUGUCUCCAGCCUCGUGGGGCUGCUGGAGAAACAUUUCUUCCCAAAGUGGCUGCAGGUGCUCUGCUCUUGGCUCAGUAACAGCCCCAACUACGAAGAGAUCACCAAGUGGUACCUGGGCUGGAAGUCCAUGUUCUCAGACCAGGUGCUGGCACAUCCCUCCAUCAAAGACAAGUUCAAUGAAGCCCUUGACAUCAUGAACCGGGCCGUGUCCUCCAGCGUGGGUGGGUACAUGCAGCCGGGCGCCCGGGAGAACAUCGCGUACCUGACGCACACGGAGCGGCGCAAGGACUUCCAGUACGAGGCCAUGCAGGAGCGGCGCGAGGCCGAGAACAUGGCCCAGCGCGGCAUCGGCGCCGCCGCCGGCUCCGUGCCCAUGAACUUCAAGGACCUCAUCCAGACCAAGGCCGAGGAGCACAACAUCGUCUUCAUGCCCGUCAUCGGCAAGCGGCACGAGGGCAAGCAGCUCUACACCUUCGGCAGGAUCGUCAUCUACAUCGACAGGGGCGUGGUGUUCGUGCAAGGGGAGAAGACCUGGGUGCCCACCUCGCUGCAGAGCCUCAUCGACAUGGCCAAGUGAGGCGUCUGGGCAAGGAAACACCACCCUGGGUGCCCACCUCACUGCAGAGCUUCAUUUACACGGCCAAGUGAGGCCUCUGGGCAAGGAAACACCACCCUGGGUGCCCACCUCACUGCAGAGCUUCAUUUACAUGGCCAAGUGAGGCCUCUGGGCAAGGAGACACCACCCUGGGUGCCCACCUCGCUGCAGAGCUUCAUUUCCAUGGCCAAGUGAGGCCUCUGGGCAAGGAAACACCACCCUGGGUGCCCACCUCGCUGCAGAGCUUCAUUUCCAUGGCCAAGUGAGGCCUCUGGGCAAGGAAACACCACCCUGGGUGCCCACCUCGCUGCAGAGCCUCAUCGACAUGGCCAAGUGAGGCCCUGCUGAGGACUGAGUCACCGCCCAGGAACAGCCUCUGGGUACCCCUUAGAAUAAACAAGUUCCAGGUUUGUAAAUAGUGACGCUGGAGCUGGAAUGCCAGGAUGGUUUUAUUGGAAGAGCUGUUCAGGCAACAGCAAGAGGAUGGGAGGGCCAGACUUCCCGACCUGGGAACCCAGGCUAAGGGAGAACAAGCAGUGCUGACACUUGUAAUUGCCACCUGGGACAGAGGUUUACCAGCAGGUUAGGAGGGAUCUCAUUCCCUGCUCCAGCGGCUGAGUGAGGGCUGGUCCAGCUGAGUCCCCUGAGUCUCUAGUGACAGAUGUCACAGCUUGUGCUGGCAGUGAGUUACUGUCCCCACAUCCCUCACACAGUGGGCUCCUCUUUGCUGCACAGAGCCAGGACCUGUCCCAGCUCUCUCUGCAGUGGGAUUGCAGUGGUUAAGAGCACAGAGGUGAGGGAAGGAACCCUAAGGCUUUUUUUCCUGGAGGGAGCCGACCUGUUUGUUCUCAGGACUGAUCGAGAGCUGAUCUCAGCAGAAAUGAAAGCUGGGAGUUUUUUCCAAGCAUUCACUGGGAACCAGACCCCAAUACCUCCCACUACAAACCCCUCCGAUAAUCUCCCCUUCCUGAUGCCUUGAAAUGUGUGUAGGACAUGCAAAGGCCUUGAAUUGUUAUGGAAGGGGAGGGAAUCACUGCAGUGUGGAUGGUUUUCAAGGCAGGUUUUGGUGGAAUUAGUUUGCUGUAGUUCAGCGAUUGUAAGUCAAAGCUCCGCUUCACAUUUUUUAUUAAGUAAGAUACAAAAAUGUCCCAUCAGCUCAGCGUUCAGGUGCUGCCACUUCUGACAGAGCCUGAUGCCCCUGUUGCUACUUGAGCUCCAUCUCAGCUGCGCAGAAGCUUCCAUGGGAAGAGAUGUGGAUCCCAGCCCUGCCACCACAGGGAUGGUCAGGACUUGGCAGUGGCUCCCUCCCCCUUCCUGAUGAUCUCCAGGUCCUCACAGUCUUGGUACAUCGGCUCCUCCGCAAAGUCCCAGACCGCAGGGGAGAGCUCCUGCAGUUUAUCCAAGGGAAACCAGUGCACAGAGGUGUCGUUGAAGGUGUCCAGGUAGCGGGGGUGACUGGGCAGUGCCACUUCCUCCACUCCUUUCAAGACCUAAAGAUGGUGUGGGGGAAAAGUUAGACAAUGCAGAAGCCCCUUCCUGCAAAGCUGAGCCAGUGAGGAUGAGAAUGGUGUUACAUUACCCUCAGCCCCUGUGUGCAGGGUGUUCUGCAGAUGUUCAACAACCCUAAAGUGAUUAGCUUUUAUAUUACAGUGUCUGGGGAAAAAAGGUUUUAAAAACAACCCCCCUCUUCUUUCCAAUGGCAAUUCAUUUCCUUUCUCAUUAAAACGUGUGCCAUCAACAGUUAAAA